UUUAAACUUCCUGAUUAUUUAACAAACUUCUGAAGUACACUAAUGUACCUUUCAUAAUGUGUGGUACUGCAGUUAUGUCAAGUUUACACUUAAGAAUUACCUUUGUUGUAGUUAUAGUUUGCAGGAUAUACAAUGGUGCUGAUGGUUCCGUUACCAUAAGUUCAUCAGCAGCGACUGUUCCGGAGGGGUCAUCACUAACAUUAACAUGCACGUAUACUGGAAAUGACCAGCUGUAUGCAAUAAAAUGGACAAACAAUGGCAAUAAUUCGACACAAAGAUACGAUAUACAAAUCAACCAACAUGAACCAUGCUCAAUUUUUGGAAAACCUGGUCUCAACGAAACUCUCUUCACCUACACCUGUUUCACGCUUACUAUUUUAAAAGUAACACGGGAAUAUCAGAACGACAACUUUACGUGUGGAGUAAAUAUUAAUAUAUAUAGUGGAAAUAGUGUGAUCGUCAGUGUGUCAGUGUCAAUAUCAACAGUAGUUUUGACAUCACCGACAGAGGCAAAUGUCGCUGUCAACGCGGGCUCAUCGAAGAAAUUCACGUGUCGUACAUCUGGGGGUCUUCCACAACCAACGGUGGAGUGGUAUAAGACCUCUAGUAGCAGCUGUACCAGGAAUGGCAUGCGAAUAAUAACUUCCAUAUCCAGAUCACCGUGUGAAAGCAACGGUCUUAUACAGGUGGAAAGUUCACUGUUAUUCACAGCAACCAGUUCGGAUAAUAAUCUCUGGAUUUGCUGCGCGGCAAGUAAUAUCAACUCUCAGUGGAAACUGUCAGGAACGAAGCUUCUAGACGUAAGAUAUCCUCCACCUAAUCCUCCAGUGAUUGACGACUUCAACACAAUAACGGACUACCACAUGAUAGAGAAUAGCACCGAACGGCUGACAUGUAGGAGUACUGGGGGAAAUCCUCUUGCAAGCCUUACGUGGAGCUGUUACAACGGCAUCGAGACAAACCCUAACAUUAACGGCGGUUCAGUCAGUCGUACUGUACAGUUCACAGCGCGGCGUAACCAAGACAACACGUGUACGUGCACUGCCACGCAUGAGGCGGGACCGUUGCAACAGGCUACAUUGGACGUCAAUAUUAUGUAUCCCCCUUCAACACCAGAAUUCAAAGUGGACGGUACACAAGUGGGCAUCGCGAUUAGCAUAAUUAAAGACAGUGCUCAGACGGUGACGUGUCACAGUUUUGGAAAACCUAAUCCAUCUACAAACGAUUUCACAUGGACAAAAGGAAGUGUCGUUGUUAGUUCCAACUCGGUUUUAAGCUGGACCGACGGAAUCAGAAUUCAGGAUGGAGGCAGUUACAAAUGUACCGUUACAACAACGAUGACACCUUCGGAUACCAGCAAAACUCCAGUUACAACAGAGGUAUCAUCUGACGUCACCAUUAAUGUACUAUAUUCGCCACGGUUGCAUCAGCUUUUCCGGCUUAACGCCCUGGAAGGUGAACAUUUCACUCUGAAAUGUGAAUACGAGCCAGGUAACCCAACAGAAACAACAGUCGUAAUUUAUCGGUUAAACGACCGGAUUACCUGGACCGGACAAACACAUAUCAUUCCAUCACUGAAGAGAGGCGAUGCUGGUAUGUACAGAUGCACAGUUCGUAACAUCAUGCAGCCAACGGGACAAAAGAAUGAAAUCAUUGGAGAGGAUACUGGAAAUUUCCAGAUUAACGUAUGGUACAAAACUUCUGUGUCCUACUUUGGUUUAACCAGUCAUCCCGACGCGAAUAAUAUAACUUUGGAUGAGAAUACAACUCUUAACUUCUUCUGUGAAGUUGACAGUAACCCAAACUCCACCAUUAUAUUUGGAAGAUCGGACAGGCUACAGCACAACGCUAUUCUAAAAAGGAACGACGGGUUUCUUCAUCUCGCUUUUGAUGUUCAACAAGCUGGCUGUCUUGAUACAGCAAGUUACUAUUGUCUUGGGUAUAACAAUUACACAGAGAUUAAAACAGCACCAAGGAAAGAAAUAAACGUUUAUGUUCGAUGUUCACCAAGAGCAUCAGGAGGUCAACGAGAAAGCAAUGUCACAGGGGUUACUGGUGGCAAUGUAACGUUUUCGUUUGAUGUGGUGGCAUAUCCUGUUCCGAACAAAGAGGGAUGUGUAUGGCACAAAUGGAAUGGGACAACGUAUUCUCAAGUUCACAACAGUGACAAAUACACCGUCGACAAUGCCGGUGUUUCUACAAUAUUUACUAUCAAUGAUAUUGAAGAGGAAGAUUUUUCAACAUAUCUUCUAACGGUUUCCAACGGAAUAAAUCCAGACUUCAACAAAAUAUUCAACUUAAGUCCUCAAGAUGUUCCUCAGUGUCCAACUGGUUUAACAUAUAGUGCAACGACAUCGUCAUCAGCUUCUAUCGGUGGAUCAGUCACUUUAAUGGUGGACUUAAGCAAACAUUUAUCAUUUUGUACAAAAUGAUUGAAAGUUCGAAAUACUUGGUUCUUACGGCAGAUGAGAUUGACAGAAGAUACAGUACGAAAUAAUACUAACAGGAUUAAACGACGGAUCGACGUAUGAAGUCAUUCUUUUCUCAAGAAACGAAAAAGGAAACUGUAAACAAAAUACUUCACUCCAAUUCGACACUGAACUACUUGUCGAACCACCAGCUGGAACCAUCGGAUAUAUAGCUGGUGGAACAACGGGAGGAAUAGUGGCGGCGAUUAUUCUGAUGAUAGUUGUGGUCAUUGUUUUGAGACGAAAGUACAACUUUGACUGUUUGUGUUCAUUCAGGUUUUCUCGAAAAGACAAGGAGCUGAUACUCGUGGGUACAACCCAACUCAGACCUAUGAAGACAUUUCCAUGGUAACGGAUAGAUUCCCGUACGCUGCUCUGGAUAAUGGCGACCAUGGCCCCGAUAAUUUGCACGUGUACACGCCGUUGGCUGCGACUGGUUCAAAGACACAAGUUUACUACGAAAAUGUCAAAGAUGAUCCCGUUUACAACAACACAGUGCUUAAGAACCCGAUACAGUCGGUACUAUAGAAAAGUUACUGUAAACUAUAAAGCAUGACGCUAUAAAAGGACGUAAGAAGGAGUGAAGUUUUAGGGUUGUUGAACUUUUUCUUGCCUAUGAAAUGUUAAACAUUCAUUUUAUAGUAAAGCAAUGUGGACUCAUUCUUUGUUAAGGAUAUCACAGCAAUGAAUUAUUUGGAGUUAUGCAAUUUUCAACGUUCCAUGGAUAGGUGUCAGGUGUGUGUUUAAUUAUUUUUGUUCAAAAAUCACUUACAUUUAGUCCUUAUUAUAUCAUAUAUAAAAACAUGCAUGAUGCUCUUUCAUUUCUAUUUUUUUAUAUUCUAAUCUGAAGGGCUGCAGCUUAACUUCACGUUGGAACAUCUGCAAAUAAUCCAUAUUACACAAUAUACAAGGAUCGUCCAAAAUAGCUUAUAAUUGAUUUGUUUUUAAAGACGGAAAGACGAGAGAAAAACAUUUACGUAAAUAUUUGACAUAAUCCCUUUCUAAAAUGUCUGAAAGUAUCAAGGAUGUACAGGCAAAUUUAUAUUUUAUAUACAUUUGAAACACAUGAUAUGUUGCGUCGAGGCCAACACCGCGUUAUCGGCGCAUUAUUCUUAAUUGUCAAUUACAUCAACUCUUUCCAAUCGCCACACUCAAUACCAAUCACCAUUGUAAUCAUAUUGUUAUUGUAAAGAUACUAAAUUGAUUUUUUAAAUAAUAUAAAUGCACACACUACUCAACAGAAUGCUAAUUUCACCUAAUUGUUGAAUUUCUCCAGACAGUUUGCAUGUGAUAUGUAUGUUUACGACAAUAUUAAAAAAUGUAAAUUGAAAAGGCUACUUAGAAAAAUGUAAAUAUAGUUUUCACAAAUGGAUACAUUUAUAUCAUGUCUCUGGUACGCACAAAAACAAACACGUUCCAGUAAACUUCAAUGGAGUCAGUUUGGGUCAGCGCAGGGUUUGCACGUGCAACUUGUGCAACUGUGAAAUGCAGUUUUUGAGCCCAAAUAUAACAUGCUUAACCAGACAUUAGUUUAAAGAAUAAAUUUUAGACUAAAAGUGUUUUUUAAAACUUGCGAUGCAUAGACUAAGUCAUGAACAUCGCGUUAGGAUUUUGGUAAUGCUAGAGUGUGGACGAACACAAGAUGCCGUCGCUGGACGUUUAAAUGUGUCUCUUUCGAUAAUUUCAUGCUUAUAACAGCGAGUAAAUGUAACAGUUCAUCGAACAGUUUCAAUGUUUAGUAUAAAUCAAUAAUAAUAAUAAUAAUAAUAAUAAUUAUAAUAAUAAUAAACAAAUAAACUAUUUUAUUAGUGUUGCACCAGGAAUCAGUUUAUGACUUUAAUCGAUAAUUCUCUGAAACAUUGCGAUCAGUUUAUAGUAUAAGUAUUCUGGUGAAAAACACUUUCUAAUGUCUGAUAUAUUUAUUGUUGUACACUGUCUUUUUCUUUAUUUGUACAACAUCUAAAGGGCAAUGGUAAGGUGUUGAUAAAUUAAACACAAAUUCCUCUUCUAAGUCGCUCAUAGAUCCACAAACAUUCAAUUAGAAAAUUAAUUAUCGUUCUAAAGCUUGUAGUUACUGCUAUUUAAAUAUUUAUUUAGACUAGUUCUUCAAAAUGGUUUUAAUGCGUAUAGUAAGUUCCCUGUUGACAUCCAAAUUACCGUGGCAUUAUAGUCAAAUGAAAUGUGUAUUUGUAUUAAGCGUACUGCAUAACACACCCGUAUGUAAACAUGUUUGGUAUAAAUUGAAUCAGUAAAAUAUUUUCUUAAAUCCUAGUUUCACGCUAGUGAAAUGUACUUGACACAAAUAUAUGAGGACACCAGUUAUAACACAAUAUUCAAUUUUAACUUCUUGUGAACCACGCUAACAAGCUCAGUUUGAUCUCAGGAAACCUACUCACACUGAUCUUAACUAGACAAUGUUGUAGCCUCUACAAAUUCCAAUCGCGUUUUGAAAAACAGCUUUUUAGUUUAACAGUUGUAUUUUAUUAAGGCACAAAAACAGACAAACUGAGUACAAUUGAUCAUUCAGUAAUAAUAUACAUAAAAAUCAUAAUAAUGUAUAAUGUACUACAUUGCUAUCUAUCCUUGUUAUCUAAAAUACAUGUUUGUUCUGUAAAUGCUAUAUAUCAAUGCUAUCAAAACGGAACGGUUGUAAAAUUACGAAUGAAUGUAAAAUUAUGCAAGUUUAUUUAAGUUAUAUGCUUACUGAGAAUAAAUUAUA